AUGUCCAAUGUAGUCGCCGGAUCGUCAUUGAAACCCGCGCGGACAGGGAAGCCUGGUGCACUGACUGAGGUCCACAACAGUAACACGGUCUGGCUUUCUAACGGCAACAUUGUGGUGCUGGCCGGCAACGUUGCCUUCCGUGUGCACAAGAGCACGUUGGCCCUACGGUCAUCAGUUUUCCAGGUUAUAUUCUCUCUUCCGGCUGCCCCGGAUGCCCUCGCCGAGGACAUCGAAGGAUGCCCCGUCCUCCACGCCAGCGACUCGUCCGAUGACAUUGGUCGUCUCUUCAAGAUCCUUUGCUGUGGAAAGAAUUACUACUAUAGGCAAGACGAGCUCGUCGUUGUCGAGCUGGGGGUCCUCGUUUCACUCAUACGGAUGGUGCACAAGUACGAUUUCAAAGACGUCCUCGACGACGCGCUCUCACGCCUCAAGAAGUACCUUCCGAAGAGCAUCUCCGCGUGGCAGGACACCGCUGCUCGCACGCGCUACGUUUUCAGCAGCUCCAUAAGAGAUAUCAUGGAUGUCAUACCGCUCGUUCGCCUCACCAAUACCCUAUCGUGCCCCACCAGUCUUAUUCUUAUGCGCGUUGAGUGCAGAGAGCCUCUGUAUACACCCCACUGA